CCGGUGGCCAGGUGGCCCCAGCCCCGAUGGAGCCGGAGGAGAGGAAGAUCUCGGUGUGGCUCUGCCAGGAGGAGAAGUUGAUCUCUGGCCUCUCCAGACGCACCACUUGCUCCGACGUGGUGCGGGUGGUGCUGGAGGACAACAGCCAGCGGCAGCAGCUGGCCACCCUGCAGGAUUCCGGCGGGGGGAUGCUCUCGGGCCCCCCCGAGUCCUACUGCAUCGUGGAGAAGUGGAGGGGCUUCGAGAGGAUCCUGCCCAACAAGACCAAGAUCCUGAGGCUCUGGGCUGCCUGGGGGGACGAGCAGGAGAACGUCCGCUUCGUGCUGGUCCGCAGCGAGGCGUCCCUGCCCAACACGGGGCCCCGCAGCGCCGAGGCCAGGGUGGUGCUGAGCAAGGAGCGCCCCUGCCAUGGCCUCGGGGCGGCCCGGGCCAGCCUGGCGCUCACGCAGGAGAAGCAGCGCCGGGUGGUGAGAAAAGCCUUCCGGAAACUGGCCAAGAUCAACAAGAAGCGGCAGCAGCCGCUGGCCAAGGAGGCGUCCUCGGCGGAGAGGAUGGAGACCCUGGUGCACCUGGUGCUGUCGCAGGACCACACCAUCCGCCAGCAGAUCCAGCGGCUCCGGGAGCUGGACCGGGAGAUCGACAGGUACGAGGCUAAGAUCCAUCUGGACCGCAUGAAGCGGCACGGCGUGAACUACGUGCAGGACACCUACUUGGUGGGGGCCAGUAGCUGCGAGCUGGAGGCGAGCCGGGAGCUGGAGCCGGGCCCGGGCCCGGACGGGGCGGCCGGGCAGCUGGAGGAGUACGCCAGGAAGUGCGAGGAGGUGCUGCAGCUGCAGGAGCAGCGGACGCGGCAGGAAGAGCUGCUGGAGCACCUGGCUGGCGAGAUCCAGGAGGAGCUGAACGAGCGCUGGAUGAAGCGGCGCCGGGAGGAGCUGGCCGCGGCCAAGGGCUCCAGUUCCAGCCUGUCCGAGCCCGAGUGCAACACCAUGGAGCUGAGCGGCGGGGCCGGCAGCGAGCUCCACGUGGAGCAGGAGCGCGUGAAGACCCAGCUGAGCACCAGCCUCUACAUCGGGCUCCGGCUGAGCACGGACUUAGAGGCGAUCAAAACGGACCUGGAUUACACGCAGCGCGCCCGCGAGGACAAGGAGCGGGAGCUGCAGCGCCUGCUCGAGACGCUGAACACUUUGGACUUCGCGGACACCCAGACGGCAGCUCAGAUCCUCCUCCCCGAGGAGCGCGCUCCCGGCGGCCCUGCCUUACACGAGGCUGGGCUGGGGGCUCCCGUGGGCAGCUCAGACGUCUGGGAGGGCCAGGCCAGGGGGCGGUGCAAGGACUGCGAGGAGAACGAUGAGGACUCGGAUACAGGACUGAGCUCCAUGCACAGCCAGGACUCUGACUCUGUCCCAGUCUGUGAAUCGCUUGUAUAGCGGCCUCCUUCCUUAAGUAAAAUAAGCUCAGGGACCCACAGCGAAAUCCAAACUUGUGCUUCCUCCUUGGCACUCUUAGAAUAUAACUAUUCAUUUUCACAUCCGCCAGCAGAAGAGAUCCUAGAGUGGACUCCUGUGAUAUAUUUCCAUUAGAACAAAAAUGUGUGGUUUUUGUUGUUGUUGUUCUAUCCUUUUGGGGAGGAGGGGGACCACUUUAAAAUCCAGAUGCCAGUUAGUGCCAUAUUAUGGUAAUUUAUGCAAACCGAUGAUGACCAGUUAUCUGGAGAUAACAUAAGCUAAUGGUAAACUACACAGUUGAAGAAUUAAAUGGAUUACACCAUACAAUGUUGACUCUACAGAAAGACUAUACCUGCAUUUUGCUGCAUAGCGACUGUUGGAAAGGAGGUUUGUUGUAGUAGGUACUGUAA